UUCACGAAAACAAAAGUUGAAUGUUUUUAUUUAACCUUUUACGAGUUACAAGAUUGCUCAGAAUUCAAAAAAUUGUUUAAAUAUUAAAAAUAAACAGUUUUAUCAUCCAAUUAUGGAUGAAGAACAAGUUUUACUUGAGUGGGACGGUUGUUACACUAUAGUGAACAAAAGUUCUAUAAAAUUCGAUCCAGCGAAUCUCGAAUUGAAAAUUGGUUCAUCGGUUAAAUACUUAUGGCCUGAAGAAGCUGCACACAAAAAAUAUUAUACUGGAACUAUCAUUGAAAUUUCAAGUAGCGAGAAUGAACUAAUAAAACUGCGAGAGAAAAAAAUGAAUGAUAUGAGAAAAAAUCCUGCUAGAAAACGUAAAGGUGAUAAAUCCACAACAGAAAAUGAAGCUUCGAAGAAACCAUGCAAGCAGGUGAUGCCCAAUUAUCAUAUAUUUCAAGCUUUAUCAACGAAAGUAGAAUCAAUUUUGAUACUUAAUGAACGUUUGUCUGCAGAGCUCAAGGAAUUUAGAGAAAUGCUCCAGAAUGAAGAUUUAUAUCCAGAAGCUACAGUACCAGCAAUUGCUGUUGAUGCUGAAUCAUCUCGAACUGAGUCAGUACUACCUCAAACUAUGCAACAAUCAACCCAGUCUACUUCAGAAAAUAUUUCACAGUCUGGCCAUUCAAAUUUAGAAGAGGAUAUUGAUAACAACUUAGAAAAAAUACCAGAAGUAGAAAACACUGAUCGAGUCUUAAAUGAAAAUGAAGAGGACAGUUUGUUUUUAUUCACUAAACACACUGCAGGAGAAAAGGCGACUGAGUUAAUCCAAGGAAGUAAUGUGUACAUCGAUAAAACUACUUUAAAAGACAUCAAACGACGUGCCAAUUCGCAAACCGUGGUUGCACGCCUUUUAAUGACUUCGAUAUUUAAAGAAGAUACAUUUUUGCAGUACAGUUUGACAAAAAAAGGGCCCAAAGAUAAAGCAAAGCAGGCUCUUCCAGCAUUUGCUAUUGAUGCAAUAUUGACAACGAUUCGAGUUUGUAUUGUUUAA